GCUGCUGCUGCUGCUGCUGCUUUCGAUGUUCUGAGGCAGGAGGGAGGGGAGAGGUGGCGGCCGCUGGAGCUUCUCCCGUUUCCUUUCUCUCUCUCUCUUCUCUCUCUCUCUCCCUCUUCUAUCAUCUUGGCUCGGGGGUGGGGUGGGGUGGGGGAGCGCCUUCUCCGCCAUGGCCACCAGCACCACAGGCUCCACGCUGCUGCAGCCUCUCAGCAACGCCUUUCGGCUACCCAUAGACCAGGUCAACUUUGUAGUGUGCCAACUUUUUGCCUUGCUGGCUGCUCUGUGGUUUCGAACUUACCUUCAUUCAAGCAAAACUAGUCCGUUCAUAAGGCAUGUUGUUGCCACACUAUUGGGCCUUUAUCUUGCACUUUUUUGUUUUGGAUGGUAUGCCUUACAUUUUGUUAUACAAAGUGGAAUUUCAUACUAUAUCAUGAUCAUUAUAGGAGUGGAAAAUAUGCACAAAUAUUGUUUUGUUUUUGCUUUGGGAUACCUCACUGUGUGCCAAAUUUCUAGAGUUUAUAUAUUUGACUAUGGACAAUAUUCUGCUGAUUUUUCUGGCCCAAUGAUGAUAAUUACUCAGAAAAUUACAAGUUUGGCGUAUGAAAUUCAUGAUGGAAUGUUCCGAAAGGAGGAGGAACUGUCGCCAUCACAGCGUUGCUUAGCUGUGAGACGCAUGCCAAGUCUACUGGAAUAUUUAAGUUACAACUGUAAUUUCAUGGGUAUCCUGGCAGGCCCAUUAUGCUCUUAUAAAGACUAUAUUACUUUCAUUGAAGGCAGAUCAUAUCAGCUGACACAGUCGGAAGCAAAUGGGAAAGAAGAAAUAAAAUAUGAACAAACAGAUCCCUCCCCAAAUAUAGCUGUGGCGCAGAAACUUGUAGUGUGUGGACUAUCCUUAUUAUUUCAUAUGACUGUUAGCAAAACUUUCCCUGUAGAAUACAACAUUGAUGACCAAUUCAGAGCAACAGCAUCAUUUCCUACAAAGAUUAUCUACCUAUACCUGUCACUAAUGGCUGCCAGGCCGAAGUAUUAUUUUGCAUGGACUUUGGCAGAAGCAAUUAAUAAUGCAGCUGGAUUUGGCUUUAGAGGUUAUGAUAAAAAUGGAGUCCCACACUGGGAUUUGAUUUCAAAUCUACGAAUUCUACACAUAGAGUUUUCAACAAGUUUCAAGAUGUUUCUUGAUAACUGGAAUAUACAGACAGCACUUUGGCUCAAAAGAGUAUGCUAUGAGCGAGCCUCUUUCAGUCCAACAAUACAAACCUUUAUCUUAUCAGCCAUUUGGCAUGGGGUAUAUCCUGGAUAUUAUUUAACUUUUUUAACAGGGGUACUAAUGACACUUGCAGCACGAACAAUUAGAAAGAAUAUUAGAAAUUAUUUUCUUGAUUCUCCAGCCAUUAAAUUAUGUUACGAUAUCAUGACAUGGAUCACAACUCAAAUAGCAAUAAGUUACACAGUUGUGCCAUUUGUACUUCUCUCUAUAAAACCCUCCUACGUAUUUUAUAGUUCCUGGUAUUUCUCCCUCCAUAUUGCCUGCAUUUUAGUGCUGAUGUUUCCAGUGAAAAGAACUCAAAAAGGAAAUACAGAGCAAGAAAGCAUCCAGCCUUCAUGGUCCAAACAGCAAGAAGAAGGAAAAGAAAAAAGAAUUACAGGACAUAAUAGUUAUUCUGUGGCAAAUAGCUUCAAUGAAAGAAGAGACAUCACAUCCAGAAAUACAGCAACAAAACAAUGAUUACAGAUGCUAUAGAUGCUAUAUUUUAUAUUUUCAAGACCAUUUAUAGCACCUUUUAAAAGGGGGUUGUAUUUGUCUGAAAAGAUGGUUAGUAAGAAAAGAAUGCUAUAUCUCUAGGGAAUAUACUAGUAAGAUGAAAGCAAAGCUAAUUAACCACUCCCGUGCCAUGUUCCUAUGGAUCACGCCUUAUAUGGAAAUAUUACAAUUAUUUCAGUGGGCACUCAGGAUCAACAGCGUUUGUCAUCGGCGUGCCCCCUAUGCUGAAUGUACAUUGUAAAUCCCGAGGCACUAUGGGGGUGGGAAACCGUUGUCAAUCUGGAAUGCCAGAAGGAAAAAAAUCUUGCAUUGCCUUAAACCCUCUAUCUACUGAAAAGUAAUGUUUCUAAAUAGUAUUUUCAUGUUUAGUAUAAUAUAUUUAAAGUAUAAUUCAAAAGUAAGCUUUGGAUUCUGAGGGACAUAAUGAGAAAUGGAAACAGAAAAUCCCACUACCUGAAGUGAAAAGAAGAAAGAACAGCAAUAAGCACCUCACUAUCUGGAGAGUUUUCUUAGUAUAUCAGGUUUGUCCAGGAGAGAAUGGAAAGCAUUGUUAAUGCUAAACCAUAGUUGGUUUCUCUGAUUAAAAACAGUGGUUAAAGGAAAGCCCUCUGAAAACUUUUUUUAAAAUAUGAAAAGUCAUCCUUUCUAGAGCCAGAUAUUUUGAAUUUAAUUUUGCUCUUUGGAUGAGUAAUCUUUGCAAGCAACCUUCACAAAAUAUGCAUUAAAGCUGCAACUUUCCAAUGACAAUUCUCCUUCUAUUCCUAUAGAACUCACUCACCCGGGGGGGGGGGGGGCGGCACUAGUAAGGAUGGAUCAGAUAUAGAAUUAAUGUGAAAAGGUGCUUAAGAUGGCCACUUUAUCUUUUUUUUAUUAUUAAACAAACCUUUAAUUAUGAAUCUAUACAUAACCUUUAUUAACCUUUAUUAAAUACAUACAAAAAGUAUUUUUACAUAUUUUUUUAAAAAGAAGGAAACAGGUGUGUGUGUGGGGCUUCCCUUCCCUUCCAUCAAGUCCUCUUUGAUUGGGGUGCAGCUGGAGAAGAAACUUCACUUCUGACGUUUCUUCAGGGUGGGCUGGAUGUCUCGGGCUCCCCCUGAGGGUCCCGGGGGCGGGAAUGAGCUGGGAUGCUGCCCUGGGGGCUGCCAAGGCUUCGGCUCUAUUUUGUCUUCCAGGACCUGCUUGAGGGCUUCCAGCUCUUUGUAGUGUUCCUGAUUCCUCUCCAGCGCCUCUUUCAGCUUUUGGAGCUCUUUGUCCUGGAAUCAGAGGUGUUCCAAAAGCUGCUGCUUCCGUUCGGAAGGUUGAGGUUUCCAGCCCUUUUUCAGCUUCCUCCUUUUGCUGGAUUUGGCUGAGCAGGUAAAGAAUCCUGAUCCUCCUGCUCCACCUGGACCAGCUGCCUCUCCAGCUCGGCCUCCGCGUUGGCGGAAGAUGGCCACUUUAUCUUAUGGUUAAUAAUUCAGUUUAUAUUAAACAAAGAGUGAAAUUGUUAAAUUGGUACUGUCUAGUUGAACACCGUAAACUCUGCAACACCAGAGUACCUGUGGUUUAGAAAAAGAUUAAAAUGGGAUGUAACAUAAGGGGAUCAUAAUGUAAUAUUUGAUAAAACUUUCCCAACCAAUUCUUUUGUUUCAUAAUUUUACCUUGGAAAUAUAUCAAGGGAAUUGAUAAAUUAUUAAUUACUUGCCGAUGAGAAGUUAACAAUUGGUAAAGAAAUGAUGUGCUAAAGGGCUAUAACUUUCAUUUGCUUGCUUAUGCAUCUGUUAGAUUUUUUUACUGAAUGGAAAAGAUGUUAUCUUUAAAAUACACAGAAAGGGACCCAUGGUAAGAAAUGAAAAAUGGCAUUUGGUUAUUAUUAAAAUAAGCUGACUUUUCAUUCCUGUUUUGUUUUGAAACAUCAAUGUUAUGUCCAAAUAUUUAAUGAACCCAGAA